CUCCAAUCCCGACGUCAAUUUUUCGGGAAAGGUUUUAGAAGUUUCUCUUUUUCAGCUCAUGUCUUUACUCUUCUUGUAUUUAUGACCGAGUUGCACUUCUUUCGGUUUCAUUCGUUCGUUCAGUCCUUGAUUGAUCAAGGGUUAGUUGGGGAUUUCGUCAUAAGAGGGAAGAAGCGAAUCUUCAAAUUGCGGGGGAAAGCCAAGCGAAACGUGACAGACAGAGAAGGGAGUUUAAGUUGGGAAUUAGAGAAGGAAGAUGGCAUACAGAGCCCCCGAAAUCGAGAUCCCAAAGACAGACAUCUGGAGCGCGCUGUUCUCGAGGCCGUCAAAGCCAUUCCCUGAUUCUCAAGUGAUAUACCAAAACCCCGACACAGGUCGCAACUACACAUUCUCCCAUCUGAAAGAUACAACUAUCUUGUUUGGACGUGGUCUGCGCUCGAAAUGGGGAUGGAAAAAGAAUGAUGUCCUCGCACUGUUUGCACAGAACUGCAUCGACACGCCUGCUAUCACGUGGGGCGUGCACUGGGCGGGCGGGAUCGUUUCGCCUGCCAACCCAGCUUAUACGGCUCGAGAGCUAGUCCAUCAUUUGAAAGAUUCUGGUGCCCGGGCGCUUUUCACGCAGAAGCAUUUGCUUUCCGUUGCUCUUCGAGCUGCUAGCGAAGCUGGGAUCCCAAAAGAGAAAGUGGUGCUGAUUGGCGAUGAGCAGGAAGGGGGCUUGGGGUAUUGGAGGGAUUUUUUGGUAUAUGGGGAAAGGGAGGGAGGAGGAGGGGUCGGGGAGAGGGAAGAGGUUGAUUGUGAGAAGGACUUGGCGUUUCUGGUGUAUUCGUCUGGGACGACGGGGCUUCCGAAGGGGGUUAUGUUGAGCCACUAUAAUGUGGUGAGUAAUAUGUACAUGGUGAAUAGUUCUGAGGGCAGCUUUUUGCAUUGGAAAGAGGAUACUUUGUUGAGUGUGCUGCCGUUUUAUCAUAUAUAUGGCCUCCAAUGCCUAGUCCACUUCCCCGCCUUCGCCGGCUUGACUAGCAUCGUCAUGUCUUCCUUCGACCUCCAUAAAUUCUGCUCCAUCGUCCAAGAGCACAAGAUCACCUACACCUACGUCGCACCCCCCAUCGUCCUGCACCUCGCUAAAUCUCCGGUCGUUGAGAAGUACAAUCUGAGUAGUCUGAAGAUGAUUACGAGCGGUGCGGCGCCGUUGAGUAAAGAGUUGAUUUUUGCGGUGUAUGAGAGGCUUGGGACGGAGGUGAAGCAGGCGUAUGGACUGAGUGAGACUAGUCCCGUCACGCAUAUGCAGAAACAAUGGAACGUAGGCCUCGGCUCCAACGGCCCUCCCUUACCCAACCUGAUCGUCAAGUUCAUGUCUCCCGACGGCGUCGAGGUCCCGCACGGCAAAGAAGGCGAACUCUGGAUCAAAGGCCCUAGCACCUUCCUCGGGUACCACAACAAUCCUGCCGCAACCACCGCCUCCAUGACGUCUGACGGCUUCUUCAAGACCGGCGACAUUGGGUACGAAGACAAAGAUGGCAAUAUGUGGAUCACGGACCGCGUCAAGGAACUCAUUAAGUACAAAGGAUUCCAAGUAGCACCCGCGGAACUUGAGGGGUUACUGGCUGGUUGUGAGCUGGUGGAUGAUGUUGCUGUUAUUGGGGUCCAGGAUGAGGUGCAGCAUACGGAGGUUCCGAUGGCGUGUGUUGUUGCGAAGCAGGGGGUUGAGAGGAAUGAGGAGAGUAAGGAAAAGGUGGUGGCUUGGUUGAAUGAGAGGGUUGCAGGGCAUAAGAGAUUGAGAGGGGGUGUGGUGUGGAUCGAGGAGGUGCCAAAGAGUGCGAGUGGGAAGAUUUUGAGGCGGCUGUUGAAGGAUAGGUUUAAGGGGCAGAAGGUGGAGGUUAAGGCGAAGCUGUAGAGUUGGAGGGGCGCAGUUGUAUGUUGGAAUAUAUACCAUGUUUAUCUUACCACUUUUCCUCAACUGUUCCAACUUCUGUUAAUCGUAUGGGUGAGUACUUACUCGAUAUCAUACAAUCAAUGACCGC